UCAUCCACUGAGUCUUCAUCAACCUUUAAAAAAUAUGAGAUAAAGGACGAGCUAGAACAGAUACUUGCUGAGCCUGCAAGUGACCAUGUGAAAGCAAUCGCGAGGACAUUCAUGCUAGAAUUAGACUUUGCGAUGCGAUACAUCAAGCACAUGAACAGGGUUCAUAAGGGCAUUACUGUGGGCGACGUGGUUAAUGACUUGCUAUACAAAUGGCCUCCAACCGAGCCUCAACCGGAAUGAAACGUUUAUUAGGGUACAAUUUGGUUAUAAAUCGCAAAUUCAGUUUUAUGUACCCAGUACCCCGUAAUCUAAAGGAUGUUGCCAAGGUGCCAUUACUAUUACAAUGCGACGCUGGCAAGAUAUGUGAUUUAUGGCGCAAGCAAUUUAAACAUCGGAAUGAUGUAGUUACUAACGUCAUAUCCGGGUCUAUAUAUCGCCAAUUGCGCCAUAACAUUAAUCGCAGUAAAAUGUUUAUAUUUCCUAUAUCAGUCGGUGCCGGGAGCUACAACAUGUUUUUACAGUUCAGUGAUGGUAAGAGUGGCUUGUUCACAUCUGUUGAUGCGUACAAGAAGCUUGGCAUUCAUAGGUCACCGCCUUACUUCAUCCUCACUCUAUUCGACGAGUUAUUGGAACAGAAGGACAUUGUCUUGGUACGGGGCGAUAUAGUUAACCCUAAGGACGUCUCCAAGCAGAAUGCGGAACGCCUAAUGAAUCUGACUAUACAAUUUUACACUGAUAUAAAUCUUUACCGAUGGGUCGAUACCUUCAAUAAUAGGCCUCGUGACUUCCAGUACGACGAGUUCGUAAGAUCCUGCGGCUAUCUCUUGAGUGGCAAUGAUCUUUCCCUGAAUCCAAUAGAACCAAGAGCUGAUAUUUGACACCACUACAGGUUAAUUAUUCAUGAUAGUAGUCGCUGUACAUUGUAUGUCUA